AUGCUGAGUGUGUUUCACAGGGAUCCAGGUCCAAAGGAGCCGCUGGACGCCAUCUUGAGGCGUCUGCAGGAGGACGUGGUGACUUUUGUCAAAGAGCAGCUGCAGAGGAUCCAAAGGCUCCUGGCCUCAGAUUACCCAGAAUGCUCUGAGAGUGAGGAGGAGAGCAGAGAGGUUCUGAAGAUCGCCCUGGACUUCCUGAAGAGGAUGAAGCAGGAUGAGCUGGUCCAGCGCCUGCAGAGCAGAAGCACUGUUGGAGUUCGUAGAGAUGAACUGAAGAAGCAGCUGCAGCAUAAGUCCAGCCGUGUGUUUGAGGGCGUGGCUAAAGCAGGAGACUCCGCCCCCCUGACCCAGAUCUACACAGAGCUCUACAUCACAGAGGGCGGGGCCUCAGAGGUCAACCAGGAACAUGAGACCUUCUACAGCUCUGGACAGAACCUGCUGAAGACACCACAGUCCUCUGAGAACCUGCAGAAGACACCACAGUCCUCUGAGAACCUGCUGAAGACACCACAGUCCUCUGAGAACCUGCAGAAGACACCACAGUCCUCUGAGAACCUGCUGAAGACACCACAGUCCUCUGAGAACCUGCUGAAGACACCACAGUCCUCUGAGAACCUGCUGAAGACACCACAGUCCUCUGAGAACCUGCUGAAGACACCACAGUCCUCUGAGAACCUGCUGAAGACACCACAGCCCUCUGAAAACCUGCUGAAGACACCACAGUCCUCUGAGAACCUGCUGAAGACACCACAGUCCUCUGAGAACCUGCUGAAGACACCACAGUCCUCUGAGUCUGAGGGAACUUUCUACAUCUGUGCUGUGGACCAGGCCUUACAGAGUCCAAACGGACACCUGGACCUGUUCCUGCGCUUCCUCCUGGGGCUGUCUCUGCCGACCAAUCAGAGGCUGCUGUCAGGUCGAGUGUCUGUGUUCCUGGACUCUGAGGCUGGAUCUCUGUCCUUCUAUGAGGUCGUCUCUGAUGGAGAACUGAUCCACCUCCACACCUUCACCUCCUCCUUCUCUGAGCCUGUGUUUCCUGGGUUUGGACUGUGGCAUGAAGGUUCCUCUGUGUCUGUGGUGGAUCUGAGGAGAGCGCCCCCUGCUGGACUGGGGUCUGAAGGUUCCUCUGUGUCUGUGGUGGAUCUGAGGAGAGCGCCCCCUGCUGGACUGAGUGAGAUGCCCACCGUAGCACCUGUGAGUGACGGAGCGGUGGUCGGUGCAGUAUCGAGAGGACGCCGCCAGCAGCGCACAGCACAGCGGACCGAGGACGUCACGUUCUUCUGCAAGCGCUGCGCGACUCAACACAAGCCAAGGCAAUGUCCCGCUUUUGGUAAAGUGUGCUCUUACUGCCACGGGAAGAAUCAUUUUGCCAAGCAAUGUUUCUCCAAAAAGAAAGAGGGAAAAAGGGGCAAGAAUGUAAACGUGGUGGACGAUGCUGACACAGAUCUAAGUGAUACGUUCUUUGUGGGUAUGCUCGGUCCUCAGUUCCUCAGUGAUGAGGAGGUGAUGCUCCUGGUCUCCUCCAAACACAUCCCGUCGUACAAACUGGAGUCUGCUCUGGAGCGUCCAGAGAGAGGCGUGUCCAUCCGGAGACAGAUGAUCUCGUCCAAACUGCCCUGUCCCACCGCCCUGUCCUCGCUGCCCUACGCCAACUAUGACUACUCCAAGGUGAUGGGUGCGUGCUGUGAGAAUGUGAUUGGCUACAUGCCGGUCCCGGUGGGUGUGGCCGGGCCCCUGCUUCUCGAUGGGAGACAGUUCCAGGUCCCUCUGGCCACGACCGAAGGCUGCCUAGUCGCCAGCACCAACCGAGGCUGCCGCGCCAUUGCCAUGUCUGGAGGGGCCCACAGCUGUAUCCUGGGGGACAGUAUGACCCGGGGGCCCCUGGUCAGACUGCCCUCUGCCUGUGAAGCUGCAGAAGUCAAAGCUUUUCUGGAAUCAGACGAAGGUUUCAGACUCAUGAAGGAGGCCUUCGACCACAGCAGCCGAUUUGCUCGUCUUCAGAAGCUGCUGGUGGCUUUAGCCGGAAAGAACCUGUACAUCCGCUUCCACUCUCAGACCGGAGACGCCAUGGGCAUGAACAUGAUCUCUAAGGGCACAGAGCAGGCCCUGAGCAGCCUGCAGCAGCUCUACCCCGAGCUCCAGGUGGUGGCUCUGAGCGGCAACUUCUGCACCGACAAGAAGCCGGCGGCGGUGAACUGGAUCGAGGGCCGCGGGAAGUCUGCGGUGUGCGAGGCCACGAUACCAGCGAGAGUGGUGCGAGAGGUGUUGAAGACCAGCACUCAGGCUCUGGUAGAAGUGAACAUCAAUAAGAACCUGGUGGGUUCAGCGAUGGCGGGAAGCAUCGGAGGAUACAACGCCCACGCAGCUAAUCUGGUGGCAGCCAUCUACAUCGCCUGUGGACAGGACCCGGCUCAGACCGUGGGCAGCAGUAACUGUAUCACUCUGAUGGAGGCGGCAGGUCCCUCUGGAGACGACCUGUACAUCAGUUGCACCAUGCCGUCUAUAGAGCUGGGGACUGUGGGGGGGGGCACCAACCUGCCCCCCCAGCAGGCCUGUCUGCAGAUGCUGGGCGUACAGGGCCCUAACCCUAACCCAGGAGAGAACUCUCGGCAGUUGGCCCGACUGGUCUGUGCCACGGUCCUCGCAGGAGAACUGUCCCUGAUGUCAGCUCUGGCAGCGGGUCACCUGGUGAAGAGUCACAUGACCCACAACAGGUCGAAGGUGAACCUCCAGACCCCAGGGACCUGCACUCAGAACGGGUCCUGA